GGCGGAGGCGGUGGAGGCGACGGCGCGGCGGCACGGCGUCGUCGCGCACGGUGUCGCGGUCCCGAGGACGGCGCCAAAAGUCAUCGCUCACGCGAGAGACGAAGCUGCGAUGAGGGCACAGAUGGCAGCGUCGCCCGGGGGAAAGAAAGGAGGCACACACAAGGCGCCGAUGCUGACGCCCAAGGAGUACACCUCGCUGCAGUGGUUCAAACUGGACCCCGGGAGGGUGCCGCGGCGGCCGAAAGAGAAGUCGCUCGGGUCGCCGUGGAAGCACCGACCGAAACAGUCGAUCGAUCCGGGCUUGGGCGUCGACGUACAACAAUGUCGGUUGCAGGCGCGGGGGAAAGAUCAGCUGGGCGAGGACAUGAAGGAGUUCACCCGGGGGUACUACCUGAAGGAGUACAGGAUCGUGGACAACGUCAUGGGGAAGGAGCUGCAGGACCUGACGAUGAUGGUGGAGGAGGACGACUGGUUCGACUAACGAGGGUACGAGUAGUGCUAGAGAUUUUUC